UAUAUGUAUAGAAGUAGGGAGAGAGAUGGGAGAAUUCUUGAAGAGAAGUGAGAGCGUGAGAAUAAAGUGUAGAGCGACGGAUGAAGAUAUACUGUUGAAUUUAAGCAAGAAGAGGAAGGUUUUCUCUAAGCUCGAAAAUGACAGCUGCGGCGAGGAAGAAUUGGCGGAGAAUUCAGUGUUGCCGGCGGUGUCUAGAACUUCAAGUUGUUCUAAACAUGAGAACUCAAGUGACGUCGUAAAGAUGAGCCUUAGUUCGCCAGAUCUGGAGAAUGCUGGUUCGCACUCCGAGGGUUUUGAAACGGAAAUUUCCACGUCCACUGGACUCGUUUUCAGUAGAGAGGCGACUCCAACUAGCGAGCUUUACGGAGACUCGGAGCAUGUCCUAUUGCAGCAAUCGCCGUUCGACGCCUUGACUGUCAAAAGCCUGAUCUCUCCUUCUUCGCCGGAACUGCUGACAGCACACAUCGUCGACGGCACUCGACGAAAUCAGCAGGAACUCGACAGCUAUGUCAGCGAAACAAAUGGUACAUCAAAUAAGAGAACACCAUGA